UAGUUUCUGUAAUCUGUGUAAAAAAACUUAUUAAUUUCCAAAAAAAUAUGUUUUUUCAUUUUAAAAACUUCGAUUUAUUCGAUUUUUAACUUCAUAAUUUAUUAAAAUAAUCCUGUUUUGUUAAAAUAAUGGCAUGCAAAAACUUUCACAAAGGCAAAUAUUAUGUCAAUUUUAAACGUGGAUUCGAAGAUUACAAAAAAGAUAUUACCGUAACUGUUAAUAAAGUUUUUGAAAAUGAUAGUUUGAAAAUAUCCUUAUCAGAUGACAAUGAUCCAACUUUCUUGUGUAUAUUAAAUAUUACACGUUGUGACUAUGACGAUUUGAAAAAACAACAAGGACUUCUUAUUGAUUUUGAUAAUUUUCCAUCUCAACUUGUAAGAUUACUCCAACAGUGUGCAUCAAACAAUAUGUUUUUAAUAAUGCAGCAAACUAAUCCUGUACAGUAUUAUUUUGAAAUUAUAGAACAUAAUGAAUUUAAACGCCUGGUCCAUUUAUCAUUAAGAACGGGGCCUGCUACAGAUACUGAUAUCAAGCAACAUAUGGCUGACACUAUAACAAAUUUAAAAAAAUCAUUGGCAGCAGUUAAAACUUCAGCAACUUCUACUGAUGCAAUAUGGAAUGAUAAAUGUUUAAAUUUGGAACGAAAAGUACAUGAUUUAAAUCAGGUGGUUUCUAAGUUGGAGGAGGACCGACAUAAACUAGAAGUUGAAUAUCAAGAGGCUUUAAAACAUGAAAAUGAAAAAUUUACUCAGGAAAGACUGCAGUGGCAGAAGACAACAGAAAAUACGACAAAAGUACAGCUUUCAUCAUUUCAAGAAAGUAUAAACAGAAAGGAUCGGCAAAUUGAUGAACUAAAUGUUUUGUCCAAACAGCUAAGAGAUAAUAUAACACAAUUAGAAAACCAGUUGAGUGAUAAGUCACAACGUCUAAUUGUUCUGGAAAAUGAGGUACAGAAAACACAUAUAGAAGUGGCAACUUUAAAAGCAAAAAAUUCAACAUAUGAAAGGGAAAUAGCAGAGAAAGAAAAGCAGUAUAAUCAAGCUAAUUCCAGAUGUGUUUACUUAGAACAGCUCGCGAAGGAUAAUACAGAAGUGAUUAAAGACUUGAAUAAAUCUUUACAAGUUAUUAAAAAAGAAAAGACAAGUUUAGAAGAACGUUUAGCUAUAAGCGAGUCUUUAGUCAACAAGAAUAGUGACGCUGCACAUUCUGCAUCAGAACAACUAAUGAAAGCUAAUCAAAUCAUUUCCAAACAAAAUACUGAACUUAUUGAGAUCAAAGAGAAGCUGUUAUGCAGAACUGCUAUAGCAUUGGAACAAGAAAAGGUUAUAGAAUCUAACAAUAAAGAAAUAGAUGACCUAAAAUCGGAAAUACAGAAAACAAAUAAAAAUAUAGAUAAGCUUCAAGAAGAGUUAAGUGAUUUGAAAGAGAAAUGUGAGGAUAACGUAAAAGCUCUCAAGGAUCGUGAUGAAACAAUAAAAAAUAACAAUAUGGUAAUUCAGUGGUUACAUAAAAAGGUUGAUGGAAAUGAUCCAGGUAAUGCUAUGGAAAAUAAUCAUAAGAGUGGAGUUCAGAGUAUAACAAGUUCUACGCCUUACUUUCUUUCGAGAAACAAAGAAAUAAACUCUCGAAAUAUGUCCGAUGAAUCUAUUGACUUUUAUGCCACCUCAAAAUUAUCAAAUGUGGAGGAGAGUCCAGGACCGGGAAUCCAAGAUUCACAUACACGUAAAGUAGGACUGGAUCCAAAAUAUUUAAGACCUGCUAGUGAUGACAACAGGUUAAAAGGUGUUACUGAAGAUAAAAUAAUAGGAAAGGCAAAUGAAGUUGAACGACAGUCGGGAAAAGAAAAUAAAUGUAACAUUUUACCUAAGGUCGAUUACAGAGAAAAGAAGUCUGGUAGAAAUACGUAUAGAGCUACACCCGUCUCUGCUUAUUUUCAUUAAAUGUAACAAUUAUUUAUAUUGUAUAUGUAAAUACGAAAAAGUAAAUGUUAAGAUUCAUUGCUCUU